UUGCAGUCAUGAAGUUCGACGUACCUCUCACUCUCAUGACUUGUGUGAAAAUCUUCCUCUCUCCUCCCCACAAUCCUCGCCACCAUGUUAGCACAUAUGCCCUUCCAUUUUUCUCCACAGAUUUUGCCAUCUUCCAUUGUUUAUGCUGCCUGCCUGCCUAGUAGUUAGUGCUUUUUCUUUUGCUUUCACUUGCGUAUCAUCAUGAAAUUCAUCCCUAUAAAGCUACUUUAGUUGGUUUUCCAUAUAGUUUUUGGUUUUCAGUUUUUGUGUAUAUAGAACAAUGUUUGGGUUGGGUUGGAUCUUCUUGGUUUCUCUAUGUGCCCUCGUAUUCAGUUUUCCUGGGCAAAUGGCCAAGCUGAUGAACAGAUUGAAGGGCAGGAAUGAUUUGCGAGUUUUUGAGGCGAUUCGUUCCGGAAAAGACGAUGAUGAUCAGGAAGUUUACCGGAAUUUCACGGGUUUUGAGUUUCUGCAGACUGAACUGAUUGCCGGCACUAGCCAGGAUCAGUUCAUUUCUGGAAAAGAUGACGACGAUCAAGAAGGAGUUUUCCGGAGCUUCACGGAUUUUGAGUCCAAUGUUGUUCUGCAGAGUGAACUGGUUGCGAGUUCCAGCAAGUAUCAGUUCGUUUCUGGGAAUGAUGUCAGGGGAUUCUUGAAACAGCCUGAAACGAAAAGGUUUACGGUUCAAGAAUUGUUUGUUUGUCCUGAGAAUGAGAAGGGUCUAAAUCUUGAUUACGGUGAUACGCAAUUUCAAAGAAGCAAUUUAGAAGAAGAAAAAGUGACGACUACAUUCGAUGAAGAUUCCGAUCAUUCUGCGGUGGACGUUGAUGGCGAUCAUUUUAUCCACGAUUCGCAGUUUUCUUCCGAUGAUGAUCCUGGAGCGGCAGAGAAUAUCAUUUCCGUCGAAAAGCCUAAUUGCCCAGAAGAAGAAAAUUCACUGUCCAUAGAACCAAAAAGUUGCAUUUCUAUAGCCGAGGUUGAUGAUCAAGAAAAAGCAAAGGAAACCAUUUCUGUUGCAGCAAAGGUUAAUGAUCAAGAAAAAGCAGAUGAAACCAUUUCUGUUGUAGCAGAGGUUAAUGAUCAAGAAAAAGCAGAGGAAGCCAUUUCUGUUGCAGAGGUUAAUAAUAAUCAAGAAAAAGCAGAUGAAACCAUUUCUUUAGCAGAUGUUAAUGAUCAAGAAAAAUCAGAAGAAACCAUUUCUGUAGCAGAGGUUAAUGAUCAAGAAUCAGCAGAGGAAACCAUUUGUGUAGCAGAGGUUAAUGAUCAAGAACCAGCAGAGGAAACCAUUUCUGUAGCAGAGGUUAAUGAUCAAGAAUCAGCUCAGAGCAGAGAUAAAACUACAGAUGUUAAUGAAGGGUUCAUAGAUUCAGAGCCGCCAUUGCAGAAUUCAAGUGAUAUCCGAGUUCCAGAACACAAUAUGCAGAGUGAGGAAAUGAGAUUCCCAGAUGAGCAUAAGAGAACUGAAGCUCAGCAGCUGAACCAGAGCUUCUGGGACUCGGAUUCAGACGAAGAAGAAGAAGACGACGAACUAGACAUCUUGUUGCAACACCAGAACUUAGUACAGCAGAUCAAAAUGGAAAUGAGAAAUUCAAGAAUCAGAUGCCUGCCUACCAUCUCAGAAGAAUGCGAAACUCCAAAGAUGGCUGAUGAUCUAAAGCCACUCAAAAUCGACGAAAAACUCGAGUACAAAGACCAAAUGGGAGAAAUCCAGAAGUUCUACAAAUGCUAUGCAGAAAAAAUGCGAAAACUGGACAUUCUCAAUUACCAGACCUUAAACGCCAUCAGUUUCCUGCAGUUGAAAGACUGUGAAACAUUUACAUUGGGCAAAAAGUCAUUGUUUUCGUCGAACAAGCUUUUAGCAUUGCCAAGCCUGUGUGGGAACAAGCUAAGAAGGAUUUAUGUUGAUCAAACACACAAGUCCAUCUCUGAGCUGAGCCACAAUUUGGAGGUGGUUUAUGUUGGACAAGCUUGUCUGUCAUGGGAGAUACUGUGUUGGCAGUAUGGCAAAACGAAGGAGCUUUUGGAAUACGAUGCCCGGGGGGGCCAUCGUGCCUACAACCAUGUCGCGGGGGAAUUCCAGCAGUUUCAAGUUCUACUGCAGCGGUUCGUCGAGGAUGAGCCUUAUCAGGGGCAUAGGCUUCAGUACUAUGCUAAAAACCGAUGCAUUCUUCGCAGCUUUCUCCAGGUUCCUGCUCUUAAAGAUGAUUGUUCUAAGGAAAAGAAGGUGGUGGGAUUUGAAGAAGGAACAGAUAGCAUUUCACUUGUGAAGUUGUCUGAAAUCAUUAAGAAAACAAUGCAUACAUUCUGGGAAUUUCUCCAUGCUGAUAAGGAUGAAGCUGGUUUGUCUGUAAAGGUUCAUAGUUCUCAUGUUGAUCCUGCAGAUUCUGAGCUUCUUUUGGAUGUCACAACAACUCAUCAAAAGAAGGAGAGGAAACUGAAGGAAAUACAGAGGAGUGGGAACUGCAUAGUGAAGAAGUUCCAAAAACAGCAAGAAGGAAGAGUGAAUGAAACCCAGGCGGUGUUCAUUUCUCGAGUGGAACUCAGACUGGUGGCCAAAGUCCUAGGUUUGCCCAGGUUAACCAGAGACCACUUAGUAUGGUGUAAAAAGAAGCUAAACAACAUUAAUAUAGUUGGUAGAAAGGUUAGUGUAGAGCCCUCUUGCUUGCUUUUCCCCAGUUAGAACUUAGAAGCUCCACUUUUGAGGUGCUUUUUUUCUUGCUCUGUAUACAGAACUGAUAAAUACUCAAAACAUCAAAACUAGAAACAUGUCAACAGAUAGUGAACUUCCCAAAAGUUUAAGGAUGCAAUAAAGCUUGUUAUGUUUCAAU